AGGAAGGGCAAGAAAGACGUUGCUGCUGUUGCUGCUGCAGAGCUGGGCGGCUCGCGCUCUUCCCCAAACACCCACGCUCACACCCACAAACACCCCCCCCCCCGGUCAGCCUGCUCCACUCUCUCCGCCCAGCCGUCCUCCUUCCCAAUUGCCCAGCGGCAGGAGCAGCUCCAGCCCCGCACCUCCCUCCUCCCCUCCCGCAGCCCCCACGGCGGAGUGGCAGGCCUCAGCCCCUCGCUUUUGCGGGGAGUGGGUGCAGCAUUAAGCGCCAAGAAGGGUGGGGGGAGUGGAAGGGGGCACAAGAAUCCCUCCUCCACCAGCCCGGCUGCACAACGUUGCGCUGACACCUCCUUCCUGGGGAAGUUAAGGGACAAAACUCCGGAGCCGGCGCUGCUGGGGAGGAGAGAGGAAGGGGGAAGAAAGCGACAGAUGAAGGCCGGGUUUUUUGGCUCCUACACUGCUCCAGAAAGUUUGGGGGACACUUUUUGAGAAUUAGACCUCUUCCCUUUCCUCCUUUUUGACUCCUGAAGACAGAACUUGCCUCCGGAUUGCAGUGGAUCCUCAGCAGUCUUAGACACCCUUGAAUAAUCCCUCUGGCUGAGCUGGAUCGGUGGGAAUUUAGGAAGUAGAGUGUGGAGAUCGCAGCCUUUGGAAUUCCCCUCUUAAUCUGGAUGGAUCUAAUUGUGCCCCGUUCGAGACCUUUCCAUCAGCAUCUUUUGAUCUCGAGAUUUUCCUCAUUUACUUUAAUCAGCUACUAGGAAAGUCUCCCAACUCCGGACCUACCUCUUUUUAAUUUUUUGGGUACUGCUUUUUUUGUACUCUUGCUCUCUGGGAUUGAUCUCUCGACGGAUCUGGAUCGUUUUUAGUAUGUCAAAAUGUGUCUGCUAAUGUUUACACAACUCCUGCUCUGUGGAUUUGGAUAUCUUCAGGUGUAUGGAUCUCGUCUUCGCCAGGAAGAUUUUCCACCUCGUAUUGUUGAGCAUCCCUCAGAUGUUAUUGUGUCGAAAGGAGAGCCAACAACUCUGAACUGCAAGGCCGAAGGCAGGCCUACACCCACUAUUGAGUGGUAUAAGGAUGGAGAGCGGGUUGAGACGGACAAAGAUGAUCCCCGCUCCCACCGCAUGCUGCUGCCUAGCGGAUCUUUAUUUUUCUUACGUAUUGUGCAUGGGCGCAGAAGCAAACCCGACGAAGGAAGCUACGUUUGUGUUGCAAGGAACUAUCUUGGAGAGGCCGUGAGUCGCAACGCGUCCCUGGAAGUGGCAUUGUUACGUGAUGACUUCCGGCAAAACCCCACAGAUGUUGUUGUGGCAGCUGGAGAGCCUGCAAUCCUGGAAUGCCAGCCUCCCCGGGGACACCCCGAGCCCACUAUCUACUGGAAGAAAGACAAAGUUCGCGUUGAUGACAAGGAAGAGAGAAUAAGUAUCCGCGGUGGAAAGCUGAUGAUUUCGAACACUAGGAAGAGUGACGCGGGAAUGUAUAUAUGUGUAGGCACCAAUAUGGUCGGAGAAAGAGACAGUGAUCCAGCAGAACUCACCGUCUUUGAACGACCCACAUUCCUCAGGAGGCCAAUUAACCAAGUGGUCCUGGAAGAAGAGGUGGUAGAGUUUCGAUGUCAGGUCCAGGGAGACCCUCAGCCCACCGUAAGAUGGAAAAAAGAUGAUGCAGAUCUGCCAAGAGGAAGAUAUGAUAUCAAAGAUGAUUAUACAUUGAGAAUUAAAAAGACCUUGAGUUCAGAUGAAGGAACCUUCACAUGUAUUGCUGAAAAUCGGGUCGGAAAAGUGGAAGCCACGGCCUCUCUCACUGUUCGAGCCCGCCCCGUUGCCCCUCCACAGUUUGUGAUCAGGCCACGAGAUCAGAUUGUCGCCCAAGGCCGAACGAUCACAUUUCCCUGUGAAACGAAAGGAAACCCUCAGCCAGCUGUUUUUUGGCAGAAAGAAGGCAGCCAGAAUCUUCUCUUUCCAAACCAACCUCUGCAACCCAACAGCCGAUAUUCAGUGUCACCAACGGGGGAUCUGACCAUCACAAACAUUCAGCGGUCUGAUGGUGGCUACUACAUAUGUCAGGCCUUAACUGUUGCCGGGAGCAUUUUAGCAAAGGCUCAGUUGGAAGUUACUGAUGUUUUAACAGAAAGACCUCCACCCAUCAUUCUACAAGGACCAGCCAAUCAGACCUUAGCAGUUGACGGGACAGCACUGCUGAAGUGCAAAGCCACUGGCGAGCCCCUUCCUGUUAUCGGCUGGUUAAAGGAAGGAUUCACUUUUCUGGGCCGAGAUUCAAGAUUAUCUAUCCAAGACCAAGGGACGUUGCAGAUAAAGAAUUUACGGAUAUCUGAUACUGGCACUUACACAUGUGUGGCUACAAGUUCGAGUGGAGAGACAUCCUGGAGUGCUGUGUUAGAGGUCACAGAAUCCGGAGCGGCAGUCAGUAAAAAUUAUGAUUUAAACGACCUACCAGGGCCACCAUCCAAACCUCAAGUUACUGACGUUACAAAGAACAGCGUGACCCUGUCCUGGCAGCCAGGUGCCCCUGGAAGUCUUCCAGCUAGUGCAUACAUUAUUGAAGCAUUUAGCCAGUCAGUGAGCAAUAGCUGGCAAACUGUAGCUAACCACGUAAAGACGACCCUUUUCACCGUAAGGGGACUGCGACCCAAUACGAUCUAUUUGUUCAUGGUGCGGGCAAUCAACUCACAAGGUCUCAGCGAUCCGAGCUCCAUGUCAGAUCCGGUCCGCACACAAGAUAUCAGCCCACCGGCUCAAGGCGUGGACCAUAGACAAGUGCAGAAAGAAUUGGGCGAUGUCAUUGUGCGCCUUCAUAACCCAGUUGUACUGACUCCCACCACAGUUCAAGUCACCUGGACAGUUGACCGCCAAUCCCAGUUCAUUCAAGGAUACCGAGUCAUGUAUCGUCAAAUGUCUGCCUUACAGUCCCCAUCGGCAUGGCAUAAUUUGGAAGUCAAGGUCCCUACCGAGCGCAGUGCCGUUCUAGUCAAUCUGAAAAAGGGAGUUUCUUAUGAGAUCAAAGUUCGGCCAUAUUUCAAUGAGUUUCAGGGAAUGGACAGUGAAUCAAAGUCCGCCCGCACCACAGAAGAAGCCCCAAGCGCCCCGCCACAGUCCGUCACUGUGCUGACAGUCGGAAGCCACAAUAGCACAAGUAUCAGCAUUUCCUGGGAUCCUCCUCCUCCAGAUCAUCAAAAUGGAAUUAUCCAGGAAUAUAAGAUUUGGUGCCUGGGAAAUGAGACUCGAUUUCACAUCAACAAAACAGUGGAUGCAGCCAUUCGUUCUGUCGUGAUAGGUGGGCUGUUCCCGGGUGUUCAGUAUCGGGUAGAGGUAGCAGCUAGCACCAGUGCAGGUGUUGGAGUAAAGAGUGAACCUCAGCCCAUAAUAAUUGGGAAUCGUAACGAAGUCGUCAUCACGGAGAACAACAACAGCAUAACUGAGCAAAUAACUGAUGUUGUGAAGCAACCUGCCUUUAUUGCUGGCAUUGGAGGAGCAUGCUGGGUUAUUUUGAUGGGUUUCAGCAUCUGGCUGUAUUGGCGCCGAAAGAAGAGAAAGGGGCUCAGCAAUUAUGCCGUAACCUUCCAAAGAGGGGAUGGAGGACUAAUGAGCAAUGGAAGUCGACCAGGGCUACUAAAUGCCAACGACCCCAGUUACCCCUGGCUCGCAGAUUCUUGGCCAGCUACUAGCUUGCCAGUAAACAACAGCAAUAGUGGAACAAAUGAUAUUGGCAAUUUUGGUCGUGGAGAUGCGCUGCCACCAGUGCCAGGCCAAGGGGAUAAAACAGCCACGAUGCUUUCUGAUGGAGCCAUUUAUAGCAGCAUCGACUUCACCACCAAAACGAGCUACAACAGUUCCGGCCAGAUCACCCAAGCCACCCCUUAUGCCACCACCCAGAUCCUGCACUCCAACAGCAUUCACGAACUUGCUGUUGAUUUGCCUGACCCUCAGUGGAAAAGUUCAGUCCAGCAGAAAGCGGAUUUGAUGGGUUUUGGUUACUCUCUGCCCGAUCAGAACAAAGGUAACAACGCCUUACUUUACAUCCCUGACUACCGAUUGGCAGAGGGAUUGUCUAAUAGAAUGCCACACAACCAGUCACAAGAUUUCAGCACUACCAGCUCUCACAACAGCUCAGAAAGAAGUGGCAGCCUCUCAGGUGGGAAAGGCGGAAAAAAGAAGAAAAAUAAAAAUGCUUCCAAGCCCCAGAAAAAUAAUGGAUCCAACUGGGCCAAUGUUCCUCUACCUCCUCCACCAGUCCAACCUCUUCCUGGCACUGAACUGGAGCAUUAUGCAGUAGAUCAGCAAGAAGCUGGCUAUGACAGCGAUGGUUGGUGCCCACCACUACCUGUUCAGACCUACUUGCACCAAGGCAUGGAAGACGAGCUCGAAGAAGAUGACGACCGAGUCCCAACGCCUCCCGUCCGUGGAGUGGCCUCUUCACCCGCCAUCUCGUUCGGCCAACAGUCCACUGCCACUCUCACCCCCUCCCCACGGGAAGAGAUGCAGCCCAUGCUACAGGCUCACCUCGAUGAACUGACCAGGGCCUAUCAAUUUGACAUUGCAAAGCAAGCAUGGCAUAUCCAAAGCAACACUCAACCUCCUCAGGCCCCCAUUCCACCUUUGGGUUACGUCUCCGGGACCCUUAUUUCGGACUUGGAAACAGACAUUCCAGAUGAUGAUGAUGAGGACGACGAAGAAGAAGCUUUAGAAAUCACUAGACCCCUGAGAGGCAUAGAGCAUACGCCAGGAUCCAGCAUGGAUAAUCUCGAUAGUUCCGUGACAGGCAAAGCAUUCUCCUCUCAGAGACCUCGUCCGACGAGUCCUUUUUCUACUGACAGUAAUCCCAUUGCGGCCCUGAAUCAGAAGUCCAGGCCUACAAAAAAACAUAAAGGAGGUAGACUGGACCAACCUUCUUUGCCUCAUCGCAGGGAGGCAAUGACAGAUGAUCUUCCGCCGCCCCCAGACCCCCCACCAGGUCAGGGUUUAAGGCAGCAGAUAGGCCCCGACCAACGCGGCGGGAACGCGGGGAGCUCGGCAGAGAGGAGAGGAGGCUCUCUGGAAAGGCGCCCGGCAGCCAGCCUAGACGAAAGCAGGAGCUCGGUGGAUCGCCAAGCUAGGACGGCGGUAGAGUGGCGGCGGCAACCCCACGAAUGGAUAAAUGCUGCUGAACGCCAAGAGGAUGGCAAAUUUGGUCCAUACAAACAAGCAUUUGAAUCAGAAGAAGCGCUGGUGCCGUACAGCAAGCCCAGUUUUCCGUCACCAGGUGGACACAGCUCUUCAGGAACGGCAUCUUCUAAAGGAUCGACUGGACCCAGGAAAGGCGAAGUUUUGAGAGGCGUUCACCAGCGCAACACGGGGGACCUUCUUGAUGUCGGGUAUAUGGGAUCAAGCAGCCAAGGACAGUUUCCACCUGAAUUAUAGUGGUCGAAAAGAGUCGUUCGAAGCUGCUCCGGAGGACCGUUGGGUCUGAACUCGUGGAAGUGAUGACGCUAAACAGUGCAAUGAACAAUUUCUUUAUUUAUGUACUAUUAAAAGAACUGUAAAUGCAAUGUAAAGACACACGGCCACACACAUAUCCUACAGCUAUUUUACUCGUGUUCUUCUCUCAAGUACACCGUCCACCUUAACUAUUUCUUGUCAGGAGUAUAUUAAAAAAAAAAAAAAGUCACCCUCCAGGAUGGAAAGGAUUUUCCUCUGUAUAUAAUUUCUUUCGUUGCAUUGCUAUGCAAGCUCACUCUCUUUUUAGCUAUGUUCAUAUUAUUGUCUGUUCUACUUGGUCUGUUGUACUAUAUGUGAAUUAAUAGGCUGUGGUGCCAUAUAUUAACUUUUAAUUGUGUAACUUUUAUGUUGAAAGUUUGCACUGCAAUUUUAUUUGGUGAUAAGCACAAAUCUCUACUCCUCAUUGACAUGAAGAAAAGAAAAAAGCCUGAAUGUGAAGGGAUUUUAUGUACUGUAAGCUUUUGUUGGGUGUAACAGAAUGGUAGGUGGCUUUCCAUUGGGGUGUAGAAAUAGGAGGAUAAAAGGAAAAAACUGACAUUACAAAAAAGUCUUCUUAAAGACAUCGAGAAUGACUCGAUGACAAAAGCAAGGUGCUGGCUCUCACUGUUGAUAAAGGGAUCGAGAAGAAAGGAGUGUAAGUUUUAGACAGCGUCUGUGAUUACAUGGGUAGCUGAGAUGUAACAUCCGAGUAGAGAUCACUAAGGUCAUCUACACCUAGCAGCUACUGGUUCUUACCCGCCCAAGUGCGAUUUUUGACAAACCAAGGAAAUUAAGGUGUUUCACUAAAGCUGAGUUCUCCAUUACAGUGAAAAGAAACUCCCACAGGUUUUCUGAGUUACCGUAAUUAAUCACAUCAAACACAAAGGCAGAAAAUGCUGUGACGCGCCCCCCCCCCCCCCCACCAAAUAUCUAGAAAUUUGUUAAAGAUGCAAUUCAUUAGGAUGCUCAAACUGCUUCUGUCAAGGAAAGGGUUCUUUCAUCUCUCCAUUCCUCAAACACAGCCACAGCAGAGGUUAGAGCCACGUUGCUGACGCUCACUACCUUUCUUACGGAGCAGCCUGCGGUGAGUUGGGAUAGAUUUAGAGAAGGGAACUUUUUCCACUGAGCCUCUAUAGCCUGCUUGGUAAGUGCUCGGACUGCGCGUUCGAUUCACGGUCUUGGACUAAAGGGCGAUGUUUGCCGUGCGUUCCCGGAAAUUGGCUACUGACCAAAUACUAUCUCGGACCCUUUUUGGAUGAGUGAAUUGAGAAAACAAUGGUUUAAUGAGAAAAUAAUGCAUGUUUAUACGCUUUUUGAAUAAAAUCAAACAUUGUAAGU